GUUUCACCCACAGCCAUGGCGUCGUCGAACCACAACUUUGGCACGACAGUCGCUGCGGCAAGCAAUCUCGAAGCUGCCUCCAUGAAAGCUACGACGCGAAGGUUGAAGAAGAACAUGUACCAGAGACAGAAGCAGGCGACAUACCGGCGGCAAGACAAGCUGGAGAUCGCAUUCCAGAGAGAACGGGUCGUGGUCUUGGAGGAGAUGCUUGACCAAGCCCGCGCUCGGUUGCGCGGGGUGGUCACAUCCAAGUCGUCAUCGUCUUCGAUCUUGUCGUGGGAAGACAUUGCGCUAGCGUUGCGUGAAGGUGAGGACGCGGCCGUGGCGCGGAACGGACAGCUGCGGCAUCAAGUGCACCGCGGGCGGGCGGUGAUAGAGGACCUCAAGGUGUGGUUGUUCACGCGCAUUCCGGCGUACCCGAUUUCAUCGAUAUGGAGAAACGUGGGGCUCGUCCAGCAUGCGGACACGCGGCGCAUCGGUGUGGACUGGAUUACCAAGCAACUGGCGCACAACGCCACGCAUGCAUUCCAGCAAUAUGGCUUCCCUUCGCCCGAGUCUGGUGAAACCAUCGACGAUUACGUGUACUUUUACGACGGCGACGGCCUCGUUGCUGUGCAACGCAUCCAGUAUAUUGUAAACCAGCCGCUCGAAGUGUUUUACAAGGUCGUGACCAGCGAUACGUUUCUCGGCCACGAGAAUCUGAACAGCCACGACCCGCCAUUAAACCCAGCGAUCCACCAUCGUAUCCACGAUACCCACAAUAACACUAUCCGGACCAACUUUGUGAGCCGCGUGGCGCAUAUAGGGCUCAACUGUAUCUCAUUUGUGGGGCAACAUGUGAACAAUGACGAGUUGUUCCCUACAACGAACCUCCAGCGCCACCGUGUGAUGAUGUAAUUGUGCUAAAGUUAUGUGUCGUGGCUGAUCAAGGUGCUAGGUGCGAAUAUGAACGCGUGAGUCCCAACCAAACCAAGAUCCGAUCGUUGCAGCUGAUGUCUUCCUUGUUUGCCACCAACGGACUGUACUUGACUCCAGAUGAAGAAGCCAAGAUAUGGGGCUAUGACCUCGGACACGGACCAGAACAUACUAAGCAGGACCGAUUCCUCCAGUGCACUAAGAACGCCAUUGCCAAAGCCAUUACCAGACGACGACUUAUCAAAAAAUCAACCUAAUCUGUACUUAUACGUAUGAGCGCAGUUCCG